AUGCUGCGUUUACCAACAGCGCUUCGUCAGAUUAGGCCAAUAUCCAGAGUUCUGGCCCCGCACCUUACAAGAGCCUAUGCAAAAGAUGUUAAAUUUGGGGCAGAUGCCCGAGCUCUUAUGCUACAGGGUGUAGACCUCCUAGCUGAUGCUGUGGCUGUCACCAUGGGACCAAAGGGAAGAACAGUCAUCAUUGAACAGAGCUGGGGAAGUCCUAAGGUGACAAAGGAUGGCGUGACGGUCGCCAAGGCGAUUGACUUGAAGGACAAAUACAAGAACAUUGGAGCCAAGCUAGUUCAAGAUGUGGCAAACAAUACCAACGAAGAGGCUGGUGACGGGACCACAACGGCCACCGUCCUGGCACGUUCCAUUGCCAAGGAGGGGUUUGAGAAGAUCAGCAAAGGCGCAAAUCCCGUGGAAAUCAGGAGAGGGGUGAUGCUAGCUGUGGAUGCUGUCAUUGCUGAACUGAAGAAAUUGUCCAAGCCAGUCACAACACCAGAAGAAAUUGCUCAGGUUGCCACAAUAUCUGCAAAUGGAGAUAAGGAAAUAGGCAACAUAAUUUCUGAUGCCAUGAAAAAAGUUGGAAGAAAGGGUGUUAUCACAGUUAAGGAUGGGAAAACACUGAAUGAUGAGCUGGAAAUCAUUGAAGGUUUGAAGUUCGACAGAGGAUACAUCUCCCCCUAUUUCAUUAAUACAGCCAAAGGACAGAAGUGUGAAUUCCAAGAUGCUUAUCUUUUACUCAGUGAAAAGAAGAUUUCCAGUGUUCAGUCUAUAGUACCAGCUCUUGAGAUUGCCAAUAAUCACCGUAAGCCUUUAGUUAUUAUUGCUGAAGAUGUUGAUGGGGAGGCCCUCAGUACCCUCGUAUUAAACAGACUGAAAGUUGGUCUACAAGUCGUUGCAGUGAAAGCACCGGGUUUUGGUGAUAAUAGAAAAAACCAGCUUAAAGACAUGGCGAUCGCGACUGGCGGUGUAGUUUUUGGGGAGGAAGGCUUGAGCCUAAAUCUAGAAGACAUUCAACCUCACGACUUCGGGAAAGUUGGAGAAAUCAUUGUGACAAAAGACGAUUGCUUGCUCCUGAAAGGGAAAGGGGACAAAGGCACAAUCGAAAAACGCAUUCAGGAAAUAAUUGAACAGUUGGACGUUACAACCAGCGAAUACGAGAAGGAGAAGCUGAACGAACGCCUGGCUAAGCUUUCCGAUGGAGUAGCUGUACUAAAGGUUGGGGGGACAAGUGACGUGGAGGUGAACGAGAAGAAAGACAGAGUCACAGAUGCCCUCAACGCCACACGUGCAGCCGUAGAGGAGGGCAUCGUUCUCGGGGGUGGCUGCGCGCUGCUCCGUUGCAUACCGGCGCUCGAUAACUUGACUCCGGCCAACGAGGAUCAGAAGAUUGGCAUAGACAUCAUCAAGAGAACACUGAAAAUCCCAGCAAUGACCAUUGCUAAGAAUGCUGGUGUCGAAGGAUCCCUGAUAGUUGAGAGAAUCAUGCAGAGCCCGCCUGAGAUCGGCUAUGACGCAAUGCUUGGCGACUUCGUAAAUAUGGUGGAGAAAGGCAUCAUUGACCCCACAAAGGUUGUCAGAACCGCCUUGAUGGAUGCCGCCGGCGUCGCUUCCCUUCUGUCGACAGCUGAAGCCGUGGUGACGGAAAUCCCCAAAGAAGAGAAGGAAGCGGCCAUGGGAGGGAUGGGGGGAGGCAUGGGAGGGGGCAUGUUCUAAUCCUGGGGGGUACCUGGAUGUGCGUCAU